AUGCACCUACGCAAGGCAAAGCUGAUGUUCUUCUGGGUGCGGUACCCGAGUUCUGCGGUACUCAAGAUGUACUUCCCUGACAUCAAGUUCAACAAGAACAACACAGCACAGCUCGUCAAAUGGUUCUCAAACUUUAGAACACUCAAUAUACAAGCAAUCUUGGAGUUAAACAAAUUAAGAGCAAUCACUGUCUUCGACUACGAUUAUCCAAUCACCCCGUAA